ACAAAACCGAAAUAAAUAAUGAAAGGGAUAUCGUCCCCAAAUUAAUUUCACUUGGAGCAACUCACUCAUCGGUGACGUUUUCUGCAUAAAAGGUUAGCUAUAUUUUCAUGAGUUGCUUGCUGCUUAUCUGUAGAAACCUGUUGCUUGUUUGAUACCAAUAUCUUUACCGAAUCGUUAGAUUUUGUAAAUCUAGGUUUUGGAGACCAUCCCCAAAUGUCCAUUAAUUUUGUCUAUCUUCAUACUUCAAUUAUUUCCUUCGUAAACUGGGUUUCAAAUCUGUUUAGAAGGUCAGAUGGAUAGUUUAUAUCAUAUAUGUUUAUUAUUAACAUAUGCCUAUUUGUUAGAAUAAUAAUUAUGGAACUCAGUCACUUUGCACCACAAGAUUUUAUUAGCCACAUGCCUGAUCAUGUGAUAACUAAUAUCCUGGAUCUAUUGCCGUUACAAGAUGCGGUGAGGACUAGUAUCUUGUCGAAAAGCUGGAGGUUUAAGUGGACUAUGCUUAGCCAACUCAUAUUCGAUGUCGACUUCUUUGAGUAUUUAUCAAAAACCCAAGGCGAGAAUAAUCAUGUUAGAAUUAUAAGUAGGAUUCUUCAUCAGCUUAGAGGUUCCAUCACAAAAUUUUUCCUCGACGGAGGCAUGUUGGAUGCUAAUCAUAUUAAUCGCUGGAUUUUGUUCUUGUCGCGAAAAGGAAUUAAGGACCUCACUCUUAUCAACUGGGGUCCAACACCACUUAACUUGCCUACCCAUCUUUUCUUUUGUGUAGAGUUGAAACAUUUGAAACUUUCUAACUGUUAUUUCAACCCUCCACCUACUUUUCAUGGUUUUCCAAACCUAUUGAGUUUAGAGUUGUGUGUGGAUUUUGAAGAGAACAUUCAACUUAGCGAAUUUUUUGCUCGGUGUGCCUUACUUGAGAAUUUGACCAUUGAUAAUCUCUUUGAACAUGUCAAAGUUGUACAAGUAACUGAGAUUGCAAAGAUUGAAAAUCUCAAAAUAUUAUCUUUGGAAUUAUGUGAUCUUGACAAUAUGAGCAUCACAAGUUCCGGUACUAUCUUUGAGCUUGUGGGUUCUCUUCCGAAACUUCAAGAGCUUCAUUUGGGUUUCCAUUACUGCACGUUGAGAGAAGGUGGUGCUAAAAAGACUUGCCCUACCGUCUUUCCCUGCCUCAAGGCUCUUAAAUUAUCAUGUAUAUGUUUAGACAAUGGUAUGAAGUUAUCAUGUGCUUUUGAAUUGAUUAGGAGCUUUCCGAAUCUGCAGAUCCUUGAAAUCGCACGUGAGUUGGAUGAUAUCUCGACAUCUGCAAUUUGUUCCCCGGAGGUAGACUACAAUACAACGACGUUGUUGCACCUUCGAAGUGUGAUGUUUGAAUGCUUGAAAGGUUCAGAGAAUGAACUAUGUUUGAUAAAGUAUUUACUUGCGUGCUCCCCUUUCUUAAAAAAGAUUGUUAUUCGCUGCUCGUUCAUUGGGUCGGAUGAAAAGUUUAUGUUUGCUAAGAAGUUGUUGAUGCUCCAUCGAGCCUCGCCUGUAGCUGAAAUCGAUCUCUUUCGGUUUUAGUUGUUUUGAACCUCUCUUAUACUUGAUGCAUAAUUGUACGAAUCUAUGGCCCAAUUGUGUAAUAUGCUCUAAAUAGCGGCAAGGAGAAAUGAAAGACGUUUUUGUUAGUCUACUAUGAAUUAAGCUGACGUUUGGUUUCUCA